UGCUGUCCUCUCUGAGAAGCAUUUGGGCAAGAUGGCCACACAUUUGAGGCUGGCUAGUAAGAAAUGCACUGUGAUUGGCGGCUCAGGAUUCCUUGGUCACCACCUGGUGGAGCAGCUGGUAGAAAAAGGCUACUCAGUCAAUGUGUUUGACAUUCGCAAAGGCUUUGAUAACAGCAAGGUGCAGUUUUAUCUGGGCAAUCUCUGCCAGAAAGAGGAUCUACUCCCGGCUCUACAAGGUGUGACUGUGGUGUUUCAUUGUGCCUCGCCUGCACCUUCUAGCAACGAUCGAGAACUUUUCUACAGGGUCAAUUAUUUGGGGACCAAGGCAGUCAUUGAGGCUUGUAAAGAAGCUGGUGUCCAGAAACUGGUGUUGACCAGCAGUGCCAGUGUUGUCUUUGAGGGUACCGACAUCAAGGGUGGAACAGAAGACCUCCCUUAUGCCAAGAAGCCCAUUGAUUACUACACGGAAACAAAGAUUCUGCAGGAGAAGGAGGUGCUGAAUGCCAGCGACCCAGAGAAGAAUUUCUUCACCACUGCUAUCCGCCCACAUGGCAUAUUUGGACCUCGGGACCCUCAGCUCGUUCCAGUCCUCAUCCAGGCAGCCAAGAGCGGCAAGAUGAAAUUCAUCAUUGGCGAUGGGAAGAACUUGGUGGAUUUUACCUUUGUGGAAAAUGUGGUCCACGGGCACAUCCUGGCUGCAGAGCAGCUUCAAAGGGAUUCUCACCUGUGUGGAAAGGCUUUUCAUAUCACAAAUGAUGAGCCCAUUCCCUUUUGGGAAUUCUUGUCUCGCAUCCUCACUGGCCUGAACUAUGACCCUCCCAAAUACCACAUCCCUUACUGGUUAUCUUAUUAUUUAGCCCUUCUCAUCUCCCUGGUUUCGCUGCUGUUGAGUCCCCUUGUUACGAUUCAUCCCACCUUCACUCCCAUGCGGGUUGCUCUUGCUGGGACUUUCCACUACUACAGCUGUGAGCAAGCCAAGCGGGACCUGGGGUACAAGCCGGUGGUUUGCCUGGAUGAAGCCAUCUCAAGGACCAUCAAAAGUUAUCUCCAUCUCCGCAGGACCACAUGAUGGUCUGAAUUCCAAGCAAACAUCUCCUGAACCUCUGCUAUAGGCUCCACGUUGGCUCCCUGAUUGGUCUUUCCCUUCAGUCCACUUGCCACCGGGAAGCCUCAGUUUGGAACAACUCAGCCUUCUGAGGCAGCACUACUUCAAGCAAUGCGUCCAGAGUAGCUGCUGGCCCAGGAUGUGCCCAAUUUUGUACAGGUGUACCUUUUUCAAAGGCCUUGACAUGUAAGGUGCAUUGACUCUGUGGAAUUUCAGAGGAGAUUGAGGGGUUCUUGCUGAAGUAUCUUUUCAGCAUGUCACAUUUUGGGCAUAAAUAGAUUGCUGUGUUUAAGAGUGAGAGGUGGGAAUCUUUUGAGCUUUGUCAUUGCUAAGGGAGGGGCCAGGUGCUUGGACUGAGGAGAAACGGAAGAGUUUAGACUGAUAGUCUGGGGCCAGUAAUUUCUGAAGCUUGUUGGGUUCUUGGUAUCCUUUGAACUUGCUUCUCUUCCUAAACAAGCCCUUCCUCACCACAUGCAUAUUAACCAACACCCAGAUAAGUAGGUGCCAUCAGAACUUAAAAGACUCCACCUGAAAAACAAUCAAGGAAGGGAAAAAAAACAACAACCCAAUCAAAACUGGUAGGACAGUCUACCACAUAUAAACAGCCAGCAAACCCCACCCCUUCCCUGCACUGAAGAUGCUACCUAGCCUGGUAAUGAAAUGUCUGCAGGAAGAAAAGCUCAGAGAACAUCCGGAACCCAAUGGUUCAACCCUGAACCUGUAUAUUCUGUACUAUGAAGCAGAGUACAUGGUUUUAGUGCCAGCUAAUCCAUUAGGAAGUCUUGAAGGUUCUUCCGAAAUAGCUCUUUGCUGGCUCUUUUAAAUCAUGGUUCUCCUUUAUUGGAAAUGUAGACUAUGGAAAAGUGAUCUUAGGAAAUAAAGACUCUCAACUGAAUGAAUUUGGCUUGGACGCAUAUUGUUUCUGCUGACUCCAUGUUUUCCCAAAGGCAUGUGAUUCCUUAGUUUUAGGCCCUGCCUUUCCUCCAGUUGCAUACAGAGUGUCCCGUUCUCUAAUUUUUGCCCACAGCAAUUAUCCUGGAAGUAGGUUGGGCUAAGAGAAAGUCCGAACUUCUGCCAGAGGCUUUCCCUGGCUGAGGGUGGAGUUGAAUCUGGGUCCUCUCAAUGUCUAUCCAGUACUGUAACCGCUGUACUGUACUGUAAACUGAUUCUCUGUUAAGACCAGUAUUUUGUCCCUAAACUGCUGAGGGUCAUAGCCUUGGAAGAUCAGCUGAUAUUUCUUCAACUUACAAAAGAAAUAGCUGAUAUUUGAUGGGGGGAUUACUUUAUGACUAA